AUGGCCGCCAUAGUAGCCACUGAGAGGCAUCUCUGGCUUACCCUGUAUGAAAUACCCGACAGGGACAAGGUCGUGCUGCUGGUUGCCCCAAUGUCUCCUUUGGGCCUGUUCGGCGACACCCCCCAACCCCAACCCAGCACUUCGUACCGCCAAGUGCAGAGACAGAGCAUCACCCUGUGCGGGAUCCCGCGCAGCGCCUUGGGUCAAAGCCCCGUGAGAAAAAUGCAAAGAGAAGGAGAGAACGUUAGCUCAAGCAAUAAUUUGUUGCUUAAAUAUUCAAAAAAUUCCUAUGAGAAACUCUGGUUGUUGCAGGUCUUGUUUGGGGUUUUCCUUUAUGUAAACUGCUUAAUGAUAUUCACAUUUUUGAAAAAGAGGAGUUUUAGAGAAGAAACUCGAUACAUUUUGUUUGCACAAACCCUAUUUGUUGACUCUGCUCUUAUGCUGUUAACUGAUUUGCUUUCGACUGGAAUUUACUUUCAGUAUGUCAUUCACAUAAUUCCUUGUAGUAUCAUUUGUGCAAUUUCGACGUUGCUUACCUGUUGCACACCUCUGACUUUGGUGGCUAUGUGUCUGGAACGCUAUGUGGCCAUAUGCAUGCCUUUGAGACAUGCUGACAUCUCCACAAGCAGGACCAGAUUAUAUGGGCUUUUAAUUAUAUGGAGUAUCAGCUCUAUAAUUCCAUUGUACAAUCUUAUAGGAUACUGGGGAGCAGCUGCACCUGCUUCCAGGUCCUCCUAUGUGGUGUGUAGUGCAGACCUAAUGUUAGAGGAAGCAUGGCAGGCGCAUGGACGUGCUAUCACUUUUAUUAUUGUUUUCCUUUUAUUGAUCAUUAUUAUCUUCUUUACCUACAUUAGGAUAAUGAUUGCAGCCAGAACUGCUUCAAAUGAGAAAAGAAAGUCAACCAGUAAGAGUUUAAAAACUGUGCUGCUUCAUGCAUUUCAGUUGUUUUUGUGCAUGAUACAAUUUUUAAACCCAUAUAUAGAAAUGGCAUUUUGGAAGGUUGAGGAAACUAUUUUUCGAAAUGUAAGAUAUUCACUGUUUAUUGUUUUUCUGAUUUCACCACGGUGCCUCAGUCCAUUGAUUUAUGGUCUCAGAGAUGAAAAGUUUUUCCUUGUUUUAAGACAUUAUGCUAUGUGUGCUCCAAUCACAGAUCCAUUCGAGGUACUUGUCGCCUCUCUCCGGGAGGCAUUCGCACACGGCUGCACCGCUCACCUCCUACAGCCCAAUGGCACUUCUGGCUUCCUACUCCGGCUCUAUUAUGAGCCAGCGCGGUGUGGAAUGCCAGUUGGGACAUCAUUGGUGCAUAAUCCAGUUUUACCAGGCACUUUGCUGAGGUGUUUGGUGUUGCAAAGGCCGAACACCACUACAGCCUCCACCGCUCUGGGAAGGCCCCGGACUGGAUUGCAGACAUCUGGGGCGCCAAAUUACCUUAUGCACAGGCUAUUUCGUCAGGAGCCUGGGUUUCAGUUUGUCUGUCCCUGCAGCCUACCUAAUCCCCAGUCUCCAAGCACCACUGGGGGCAUCGCCCAGCCUGGGGUUUUCUCUGGAGAUGCUGCUCCGCCCCUGAGCCCCGUCAAUCCGCCCCCGAGCCACUACGGAGACAGUCGCUCCGCCCCCAAGCCCUGA